AUGUCAUCUAUAUCGUACACCGACGAUGAACCUGUAAUACCGAACUCAUUAUAUGAACUCCGGCCUUGUCGAUAUCGAACGACGAAAGAGGCCUGGAAACACCUCUCAGAACGCGAUCUACAUAAGGCCGCGGCUCCAUCCGCCGUCCGCAUAAUAUCCUGGAACGUCGACUACGCAGAGGACGACUGCAUCCCCCGCCUCGAAACAGCGCUCGAGUACCUGCGAUGCGACAUCUUUCACUGCGAAUCCGGCAAAGCCCCGGAGCCCUGCUGCAUCCUCCUGCAAGAAGUCAACAUUGAGGCCUUCGCCACGAUACUCCACGACGACUGGGUCAAGAACCACUUCAUCGUCACCCCUUCGACGACACGCAAAUGGCCGGAGGACGCAUACUAUGGGAACGUGACGCUCGUCUCGCGGAAGGUGCCUGUGGUGUUUGCUGGGAUCUUGGAGUUUGGGUGCUCGGGCAUGCAGCGGACGGCAGUGAUCGUUGAUGUGCGGAUGAGAGUAUUGGAGUCGGAGGGGCAGGAUGUGCUUGUCCGCGUGGUUAACACGCACCUGGAGUCUUUGCCCUCGGGUACGAUGGCUCGGCCCAGACAACUCAACAUCAUAUCAAAGCUCCUAACGGAGGACAAAUUGCAUAGCGGGAUAGUUUGCGGCGAUAUGAAUGCAAUCAUGCCAGAAGACAAACGACUCCCUCAGCAGAACGGACUGCGAGAUGCAUGGCGGAAAGGGGAUGAGGACGAGAGCGGAUUCACCUGGGGUUAUCAGGGGAAGGAUGUAGGAAAAUUUCCGCCCGGACGGCUUGAUAAAGUCUUGUUCGUGCCUCGCCGAGGGCUAAAAGUGGACGAGCCAGCAAAAAUCGGCGUCGGUGUGCAAACACAGGAGGGCAAAUUCGCCAGCGAUCACUAUGGCCUAGUCACCACGGUCCGCGUUCUUCGAUGA